AUGGCAUUUGCCCAACAACACCGUCCCCGAACCUCUCGACAAUUGCAUGCACCUGAGCCCGCUGCGGCUGUCGCAACUAGCUCACAGCAGCUAAAGCGACGCCUCGAAGAGUCAGAAGAAUGGGUCCUCUUCUCGCCAACUGCACCUUCCACGGCCGCUCGCACACACACAACCUCGACUGAACGCACGCCCCGGACAGCUGGCGUGUCACGCUUCAGUGAGUUUGGCUCGCUCGAUACAGCAGCGCGCUCAGAUCAAGAUGACGACAACGGCACAUUCCUCGGAACAGAAGAGGAGCUGGACAGCCUAGACGACGGUCUUCAUGCCUUCCACGAGCCCUCUGAACAUGCUCUGUCCACCAGCAGAUUACAAGAGAGCGGCGACACAGUGCUGCCGAACCACGAUGGACUGGGAUCCUUUCAGCCAGACGCUACCAUGCAGGAGCACAUGUGGCAGUUCGAGCGCUCUUCACGCAGACGCGCUGCGAGACGGCGGUCGAGUGUGCAGCGACACUUCACCAUUCUCGAUGAUACAGACGAAGUCACUGAAGAGCAAGAACGACGGCAGCGUAUUGAGAGGUGGCGGUUGGAGCAGAGCAAAGCUGUACUUGAGGAGAUUGAGAGGGAAACAAGAAGACGACGGCGCAUGAGUAUGGCUGCAUCUACCCGCAGUCAGAGAGAGACUGCACGGCAAGACACCACGAGUUCUGUGAGCUCAAUCGCCCGGACUGUUACGAGUGAACAGAGCGAAGGGUCAGAUGAGGGCACAGAGAACAUGUCGUUCUGGCAGCGACUCACGACACGCGUCAUUCGCGAUCUCAUCGGUCUUGACAACGACACGCUUUCCGUUAUCUUUGGUGAGAGUCUUCCCGAGGAAGCCAUGACACCAAAAGGGGCCUCUCCAACGAUUUCACCGGCAGAUCGAGUGUUACAAGACGCGGUUGCAGAUGUGUCAGCAUACCCUGAAGAGGACUGGCAGACACGAGUCCUCGAGCGCGUAGCACAAGAACUUGGGGUCCUAGUACACCAACUCUCCGAGCACCCAGGUGCAUUCUCCACGUACCAGCGCGCCCAGACAACUCCUGAGUAUGCAGGUUUAUCACCAAAUGUUGCAACCAAUCUCGCAUCCUCAGGCCCGACUAGCUCGCAGCCCUUCACCCCCUCACCCGCUUCGGUACAAUUCGCGGCAACAUUCCCAACCCAACAGACGUCGCACACGUAUAGCGAGGCCUCGUUAUGGGGUAUCGAAGAAGAGCCCGAUGAAAUCGACGCAAUGGACACAUCCCACCCAGACCCCGCUGCUGCAGCGCGAGCUGCCACAGAGGAUGCCGCCCGAGAGCGAGAAUACUGGGAGCGCGACCUUGAUGUCAAGAUGAUCUUCAACUUUCUCGUGAAGCGCUUCACAUCCCGCCGCUCCAGUACCCCGACACCCACAAGACGAGUCUCUGCCUCCACAUGUGCCACCGACGAGGGCACGUCCGCGCGUCGAGCGGCUAUGAUCCGCCAAAAUCACCCUUUGGUCAGCAGGACGACGGAGAGAGGGCUCCCGACGUCGUCCUCUGGGCAGUCCAGGGAGGCGAAACGCAGGGAGUCGGGUACGAUGUAUCGCACGCACUAUAAUCCCCAGGCUGGUCUGAGGCAGAAGACGCUGAGGAGCAGCUCUAGCUGUGCGAGUCAGAGCACGAAGAAGAGUAAGAGGAGCGGGAGUAGUCAGAGGAAUUACUGGGAUUUGGGAGGUAGUGUAGGGAGCGGGAGUGUGCUCGCUGGUGAGGUUUAG